CAAACAUCCAAGCAAAACUCGUUUUGUCCUUUUCUUGAACCGUUUCUAUCAAUAAACUAUCAUGAUCACUCAGUACUCUUACUAGUCUUCUACCCUUCUCAGCUGUACUCACUUUCUUUAGCAGAGAGUUUAAAGAAGAUGUCUGCCGGAAUCUUUACAGCUCCGGUUGCUGGAUCUGGUUACCAUGGCUUGAAAGCCAACUCAACAAAACAAGUGUUCCCUGCCAAAGAUUCUUCUGUUGCAUGGAGCCGAAAAACUGUCUCCAAUGGUUCCAAGACUUACUGCAUGAAGACAUGGAACCCAAUUAACAACACGAAGUUUGAGACUCUGUCCUACCUCCCACCACUUUCUGAUGAUUCCAUUGCUAGCGAGAUUGACUACAUGAUCAAAAAGGGUUGGAUCCCUUGCCUUGAAUUUGAUGAGAAAGGGUAUGUGCAUAGGGAGAAUAGCAGGAUGCCAGGAUACUAUGAUGGAAGGUACUGGACACUAUGGAAGCUCCCCAUGUUUGGAUGCAACGACUCAUCUCAAGUGCUUAAUGAAAUCAACGAAUGCAAAAAGGCAUACCCAAAUGCCUAUAUCCGCUGCUUGGCAUUUGAUAACACCCGCCAGGCUCAGUGCAUGUCCUUUGUCAUCCAAAACCCUAAAGCUACCACUCAUUGAGGCAUUUUGUUUUGAGCAUUCCUUUGGGGAGAACCCUUAUUUUCUUCUUUUGAUGUUUCAUCAUGGUUUCUGUUAAUUUCCACUUCUGUUGUGCGAAUAAGAUGGACAUGAUUCUUGGGGUUUAUCAAAGAGUGUCUCGUUUGUGGAGUGUAAGAAUAUAAAAUAAGCUGUUUUUGGAUGAUUAAAUUCUUUAUUAUGUUCAUGGAA